CCUUCACUGCGCGCCGGUCGCUGGCGAAAUCCGCCCUCCCCAGCGGCCUCUGUCCGCUUCCCUGCCUCGCGCCCUGGUUCCGCCAUGGAAUCCAAUAAAGAUGAAGCCGAGCGCUGUAUCACCAUCGCCCUCAGCGCCAUCAAGAACCGCCAACCGGAGCGGGCAAUGCGCUUCCUGGAGAAGGCACAGAGGCUUUACCCGACGCCGAGGGUGCGCGCAUUGAUUGAAUCUCUCACCCAGAAUGGACAGACUUCUCAUGGCCAGGCUAGGCCAAAAGACACAGCCACUUCUCAUCGGAAAACAGGUGGGGGAGAAACCCCUUCUGCCAAUGGUGAGGCUGGUGGAGAGGGCACGAAAAGCUACACGCAGGACCAGAUGGAAGCUGUGAAAAGGGUGAAGCAGUGUAAAGACUACUAUGAGAUCCUGGGUGUCAGCAGAGAAGCCUCAGAGGAAGACCUGAAAAAGGCCUACCGAAAACUGGCCCUCAAAUUUCACCCGGACAAGAACCAUGCCCCUGGUGCCACAGAGGCUUUUAAAGCCAUCGGUACUGCCUACGCCGUGCUGAGCAACCCUGAAAAGAGGAAGCAGUAUGACCAGUUUGGGGACGAGAAGAGCCAGGCUGCCCGGCAGGGCCAAGGCCACGGGGACUUCCACCGGGGCUUUGAAGCCGACAUCUCUCCUGAGGACCUCUUCAACAUGUUCUUUGGCGGUGGCUUUCCUUCCAGUAACAUCCACGUCUAUAGCAAUGGACGAAUGCGGUACACCUAUCACCAAAGGCCUGACCGCCGCGAGAACCAGGGUGAUGGUGGCCUAGGACUGUUUGUCCAGCUGAUGCCCAUCCUCAUCCUGAUCAUUGUCUCUGCACUCAGCCAAAUGAUGGUCUCCAGCCCACCCUACAGUCUCAGCCAAAGACCGUCAGUGGGGCACGUCCACAAGCGGCUGACCGAGCACCUCAAAGUGCCGUACUAUGUCUCCGAUAACUUUGGGGAAGAGUUCACUGGUUCCAGCUUAAAGACGGUAGAACGGAACGUGGAGGAUGAUUAUGUUGCCAACCUCCGGAAUAACUGCUGGAAAGAAAAGCAACAGAAGGAAAAUUUACUCUAUCGGGCCCGUUACUUUGGAGAUACGGGUCUGUAUCACAAAGCACAGAGGAUGGGCACCCCAAGCUGUAGCCGAUUGUCAGAGGUGCAGGCCUCUCUGCACGGAUAGUCGACGCCGGACCGCCCUGCUGAGGUCCAAACUAUGAAAUACCUGGAGAAUUUUCGGUGAAGUGCACUGAGCCAAGGUGAUGGACAUUAUAUUUAAGGAGCCAAAACCUUAAAUUAAAGUGGAAUUGGAGGAUGAGCAAUGCACAACUGCCCUCUCUCUCACCCAAUAAACCCAGAAAGCUCUUAGGACAGGGAAGACCAGCCACUGAGCUUCUCUCUUCUUCCCAACACCGACCGACCGAGGUUCUGCACUCAGUUCUCUCCUAGGAAACCGCAGCCAUGGCAACGAAAGUAGGAUUUCAAACUUGCAGCAAAUGUGUGUGAGGAGGGAGGAGGAGGAGGAGGCUGGGACAGCCCUUCUUCCUCAUCUCUCAGAGGCUACUGCUCACCUCUCACUGGAAGCCUUCCCACCGGGAGAUGCUGGCUAGGAACAAAUUUAUAGAGGAGGAGGAGUCGGGAAAAUAUAUAGGAUUUAAUUUAUAGUGGGGUGUGUGCGCGUGCGUGUGUGUGUGUGUGUGCGCGCGCGUGUGUGUGUGUGUGUGUGUGUGUGUGUGUGUGUGUGUGUGUGUGUGUGUACAUGCCUAGCUGCGUUCCAUCAGCCAGGCAUGUAGACCAGGUUCUAUAAAUGGUAUACUUUUAACUAUGCAGGGAUCGGGUUAAAUUAUUUGGCGCGUUGCUCUUGCAUUUUAGAGACGGGCCUAUUUUCAGGAGGCAGCCUUCUCUAGAAUGGAGAGAUUAACCCCAGCUGCCAGCACAGGGAUCUUCUGCCCAUUUGCUUUCCCUCGAUGUUUCCCUGGCCCAAGGCUCUGGGGCUGCUUUCCAAGGGCAGAGAGAACGAGGACAGAAUCGAAGUCUCUAGACGACUUGGUCUGAGGCUGCAGGGCUUCAGACUGUGCUGGGGAAAGGAGGGAGAACAUGAUCCUGGGAUUCACCAGCUCUGAGGGAGCAUGGCCUCCUCCCAGGGUUCAGCUCCCCCUCCUGCGAUCCUCGUCAGUGUUCAAAUUUGAUGGAGAAGCCGAUCAGUUUCCCUGUCCCAACCUUGAACCCCCCCCCCAAUGCUGCACCUCAGGGGUCCCCCUUCCCAACAUAGCUUUGCACCACAGAAGUCUGGCACCCUGUCCAGGGGAGUCUGUACUGACCAGAGCCGGGUAAAGAAAGCCUGGCCGAGUUCGGAAUGCACUUACUGAGAGGGAAGGUGGCUGUCCCUCACCUCCUCUUCCUCCUGCUGAACCUCCUAGUCGCUGAGUGGGCUGCUGCCCUGUAGGUGCCCUCAGGGCACAGCUCCCCGGCCUCCAGGGUUCAGAGAUCCUGCACCUGGGAAAGCAAGAAGGCUGCCCCAGAGCCCCUGCCAGUCCCAAGGGGCCUGGACACAGCGGCCACCUCACCGACCAGUCGACCCAGGACAACUUCCAAGCAAACCGAACUCACCCAGGCUGUGUGGCCCACUGGGUCGUUCUUCCACUUUGGACUAAAGAUAUUCUGCUGAACCAGAAUGGUUUUCUUAUCUUCACUUUAUGAAGGAGGAUUUUUCUCAAAACAGCCGUUGCUGCCGGGGUAGGGAGGGAGGUUUUAUUUAUUCCCAAAGUUUAUACCCAGCCUUUUGAAAUCAGCCUAGCUGCCCUGGAAUUGGAUCUUCCUUUGGCAAAGUGUCACUAAGCCCGGUUCCUCCUAAGCCUUACUUCUCCUCUGCUGCCAGGAGCUGAUCCUCUCCUUGAGUUUGUUUGGCCUUUUUUUCUUAAUUUAAAAAACAACAACAAAACGAGGGGGGUAAGGAGGGGGUCCAGAGGGAAAUAUACCAGCUGUUCUAAACUGAUGACUCUGCGCCCACCACCCUCCACCAGGAGAGAUCUCAGUGGAAGGGAACUUGAGAGCAGCCUCGGGCCUGCAGAGUGCACCCACUCACCUGAGUGACACAGCCCCGCCACCCCCCACCCAGUGAUUCCUCCGAGUCGCUAUCCAUGGAUGAUAUAAGCACGGUGCAAUAAAGCAGAGAUCCUGCAGGAUCACCACAGAGGCUGAAUUAGAAUUAUGAAAUUGUACAUCUAUAAAUAAAUGUUUAUAAUGUGAGAGA